CGCACCUCACUGACCAUGGCCAGCAACUACGAAGUGACCAAGUACCAGCUGUGCUGUGAAUGGGUGAUCUGCUUCCAGGACCGGCUGCCCUACCACGCUGUGGUUGCGGGAGAGUUGAAUGGGAAUAAAGUGUACAUCGCUCGCGCGGUGCACGAAGGCGAGACACUCAUUGGCUGGGCACAGCCCGGCGUCGCCUGCUGCUACGUCAGCUGGGGAGGCGAAGCGCACGCGCACAAGGAGUACCAGUGCUUGGCGACGGAGACCCCGGAAAAAUUGGACUGGGUGCCAGCCUCCGGAGGAGAUGUGCCUACCGGCGCCGUGCAGGGCGGCAGCACAUCCGACGGCGAGCAGCUGUUCGUCGGCCGCGUACGGAGCGGCGACGACGUGUUUGUGGGAAAGGUGCAGCCCAGCCACAAUGUCCUCUACGUGGCACACAAUGGCCAGGAGCUGAAAUUCAACGACUACGAGGUCCUUGUCUGCAAGAAGGUCGAGUUGUGCUAGCUCAGUACGUCUGAGCCGUAGCGCUGUCAGAAGGAGAACUCUAAAGAAAG